AUGAGCGGCUACAGCUGCGAGGAGCGCGCCAUGCUCUUCUCCCUCAAGUACCGAGUCUUCCUCAAAUAUGAAAAAGGACAAUAUAUAUCUCCAUUUCAUGAUAUUCCAAUGUAUUCAGAUAAGGAUGUGUUCCACAUGGUGGUUGAAGUGCCACGUUGGCCUAAUGCAAAAAUGGAGAUUGCUACAAAGGAUCCUUUAACCCCAAUUAAACCAGAUGUAAAAAAAGGAAAACUCCGCUAUGUUGCGAAUUUGUUUCCUUAUAAAGGAUGCAUCUGGAACGAUGGUGCCAUUCCUCAGACUUGGGAAGACCGAGGACACAAUGACAAGCAUACCGGCUUUUGUGGCGACAAUGACCUGAUUGAUGUGUGUGAAAUUGGAAGCAAGGUUUGUGCCAGAGGUGAAAUAAUUGGGGUGAAAGUUCUGGGCAUACUGGCCAUGAUUGACCCAGGGAAGACCGACUGGAAAGUCACUGCCAUUCAUGUGGAGGACCCUGAUGCUGUUGAUAUUAAAAGCACUCAUGACUAUUGGAAAGCACUGGUGACUAAGAAAACAGAUGGAAAAGGAAUCAGUUGCAUGAAUACAACAGUGACUGAGAGCCCCUUCAAAUGUGAUCCUGGUGCUGCCAAAACCAUUGUGGAUGCUUUACCACCACCGUGCAAGUCUGCCUGCACAGUACCAACUGAUGUGGAUACAUGGUUCCAUAACCAGAAAAACUAA